UAUAAUGGCGGCGCAAGGAAAAGGAAGAAUCUUUUCCAUAUUCCUCGUCUUCCUCACGCUCAACAUUUUCUGCGCCAAAAUCAAAUCCCAGUGCACCGACGGUUGCGAUUCAUUAGCUUCGUACUACGUAUGGUCAGGAUCGAAUCUCACCUUCAUAUCCAAAGUCUUCUCAACCACAGUCAACGCCGUCGUCGCCCAAAACCCCCAAAUCACGAAUCAAGACCUAAUUCAAUUCGGCAGCAGAGUAAAAAUCCCCUUCUCGUGCGGCUGCGUAAACAAUCAAUUCAUGGGCCGUCGGUUUGAUUAUCAGGUCAAACCUGGUAAUGUUUACAAAACUAUAGCGGAACUGUAUUAUUCGAAUCUCACAACGGUCGAUUUAUUGACGAGGUUUAAUACUUACCGACCUGAAAACGUACCCGUGGGCUCGAUUUUGAAUGUGAUCGUAAAUUGUUCGUGUGGGAAUCGAAGGGUGUCGGAUGAUUAUGGGUUGUUUUUAACUUAUCCUCUUCGUAUCGGCGAGAGUUUAUCGAGUAUCGGAAAUGAAUUCGGACUUUCUGAGAGCUAUGCAGGAUUUAAUCCCGGUGUCGAUUUUAGCGGUGGGAGUGGUUUGGUUUUUGUUCCGGUACGAGGUAAAAGUUUGUAAUAACAAAAUCUUGCAAGAGAAGUGUUAGUUUUUUUGAAGAAGUUGAAUUGAGUGCAAUAUAUCAGGAAUUUGUGUUUUGGAUUAGGGUUUCUAUUUAUAUUUGGUAAUUUUUGUCUCUGUCGUAGAAAUACGUGUGUCGAUAUUAGAGAUAAACGUUUUAUUUAUUU